AGCUUAACCCCACUUACCCCUCGACUGCUCGAGCCAAGGAUUUAACCGUAGUUUCUCUCCGACCAGACGUAACCCUUCUUCCUGAUUAAAUGACUGAAUAGUUGGCCAGCAUUCAUAUGGCCAAAGUCAAUCUGGGAUCUUAACCAGGUCCAUCGAAGCUCGGCACCGUUGAAUAACUACGGAAGAUACUUGGAAAGUAUGGAGAACCGUCUAGAGGUAUUGGGAGCUGAUCCUGUUCUACUCGGUGGAUGAAAAAGCGAUGAAUCUCACGCGAAAGAAUAGUUUGUGGACGUUGAGGUGGUGGUAAAGUAUGUCUCUGGAAAGUGGCACUGGAGGUGACACACACUAUCGUGUGUGCGACCCCCCGACGUAUAAGAUGAAAGAGUAGGGCUUAAUCAGUUAGUCGAUAGGCAAAUUGGCUUAGAGGCGCCCCUAAGGGUGGUUUGCAGAAGUCAACCCCGUGCGUCGGCCGGCAGCCGUGUAUAUUUGCUGAGCUCGUCUCGCGAGUACCGAAGAACCGAAAACGUUGGAAAGUCGGCUUCCGGUUGCGGAUUUGAAUGUGUUCACCGGUGAAAGGAUAGUCACAUUCCUUACCCACGAAAAGCACCCUUCGAAGAAUCACGUGAGCGACAAGACAGCGAAGACUCGAAGCUUUUAUAUAUUAUUCCCGCGAACUUUGCCCGUACCGACUGCCGCAGUCUCCUGACGCAGACUCCUGUUCUCCACUUUGCCGCUUCUCCACUACCGAAUGAAGGAGACGCGUUUCCUGAACUUUGAUCAGCUGCACUUUGAUCUCUCUUAAGCGAUUUGACUGUUGCGACCGAUGCGAGCCACAUCGUCCUCAUCCUCGUCCCAAUUCUCCUGGUCCUCGUUACCGACGUACAACUAUCGAAGCCUAUCGAAGCCUAUCGAAGCCUCUCGAAGUGGGGGCGCCACUUGGGCAAGCAGGUGCUCCAGGACAUCAGGACAUCAGGACAUCAGGACAUCAGGACAUCAGGACAUCCUAGAUACUGCAACAUAGCAGCAAGGACUUCAUCGUUGUAGAAUGUCCAGCUGAUCGGCAUGUCGAGGAGACACUCUCUAGUGAUCCUGUGCUGCUAUCUCUACACGCUACUCGACAUGGCGGCUUUACACUUCCCGGAGGUCGAGCUGGAGGAAUACCACAGGAAGGAAGCUUCACUUUCGCUUAGGGACAUUUUGCCACUGAAUCCGAAGCAGUACGACAAGCACAGAGCGCCUAAAUACCUGGGCCAACCGACGAUCGUUUACUUCCACGUGACAGUCCUAAGUCUCGACUCCAUUAACGAGGAGUCCAUGACGUACGUCGCCGAUAUAUUUUUAGCUCAAAGCUGGCGCGACUCGAGACUGAGAUUGCCGGAAAACAUGUCCGAGGAAUACAGGAUACUUGACGUUGAUUGGCUGCACAACAUUUGGAGACCCGAUUGCUUCUUUAAAAACGCGAAAAAGGUCACUUUCCACGAGAUGUCGAUACCCAAUCAUUACCUAUGGCUCUAUCACGACAAGACCUUACUCUACAUGUCCAAACUGACUCUGGUUCUCUCUUGCGCAAUGAAGUUCGAGUCUUAUCCUCACGAUACUCAAAUUUGCUCAAUGAUGAUAGAAAGCCUAUCACACACUACCCAGGAUCUAGUUUUCGUAUGGAACAUGACGGAUCCUUUGGUGGUAAAUCCUGAGAUUGAACUUCCGCAGCUCGAUAUCUCGAACAAUUACACGACGGAUUGCACCAUCGAAUAUUCGACUGGCAACUUCACCUGCAUCCAGAUCGUCUUCAAUCUACGCAGAAGAUUAGGCUACCAUCUUUUCCACACGUACAUUCCCUCGGCACUGAUCGUUGUCAUGUCCUGGAUUGCAUUUUGGAUAAAACCCGAAGCUAUCCCAGCCAGGGUCACGCUAGGCGUUACCUCGUUACUGACACUAGCAACGCAAAAUACCCAGUCCCAGCAAUCGCUGCCACCAGUGUCCUACGUGAAAGCCAUCGACGUCUGGAUGUCGUCCUGUAGCGUCUUCGUCUUUCUGUCGCUCAUGGAAUUCGCUGUGGUUAAUAAUUAUAUGGGGCCGAUAGCCACCAAAGCCAUGAAAGGAUAUUCGGACGAGGAUUUACGCGAGGCAAUAGACGAAUUCAAGACGCCGAUGCGACCAGAUUCCGAAAGAAGUCGAAGUCCCGUCAGGGUGCCAACCGUCCAAUACGACACUUGCUGCCAGGGUAGAGCGACCGCCAUUUAUAUAGACAAAGUCUCGAGAUUCUUCUUUCCUUUUUCCUUCUUCAUCUUGAACGUCGUGUACUGGAGCACCUUCCUUUAAGUAAGAGCAGCGCCGAGGAGUCGGGGGGGGGGGGAGUUAGCCCCGGCCGAGGAUCGAUCUUACAAUUAGAAAUGGGACUUUAGGCUUGAGAGUCACGGUCGAGCUUAUUCGAAGGCGACCAGAAGGCGAAAAGACGCCAACGACGUUAAACUGGAUAGGAAGGGGCGACGCCUAUUCUGGCAGACGCUCUUUUUGCAGGGCGCCGGCGCUUCGGGCGCCUGGCCAGCGUACUCGGAAGUCAGUCGGAUCGCUCACUGGAUCGCUCGAUCGAUCAACCGAGUAAUAAACGAUCCUGGAAGACGAAUUCUAUUAUAACGUGUCGCGCCU